GUUUUCUGCUGACGCACUUACUGUGGGGAAGAAGGAGAAGCUCUGAAGAUGGAUAACGACCGAGAUUGCAUGUCAAGGUGCACCUCCUUGAUGACACUGAGGCCUACGUUGAAAUACAGUAAAUAUGGUCCAAUUACACUGUGUCUAUUUUAGCACCUUGUUUAAAAAAAAAAAAAAAAAAAAGAUGUAAAACCAGACAGGGGUACAUGCACCAGUGCUACAUACCUGACAGGAAACAUCUAUUCUUCAAAGCUUGCAGCUGUACAGGUAGGUUUUAGAAUGUCUGUCCAUAGUGAACAUCGUCUUAGAGUAGGCUGGGCAAAUAGACCUUUCCAGGUCAUGUAAUUGGAUUAAGUUGAUUAGGUUAGGGUCCGUUUCGCGUCAGGGGUCCAGAGGCAGUAUAAAAGGCAACCUGGAAAGCAAAGGUCCCUCUCUGCCCCUUCCUCCGGCUUCCUGAAGGCUGCACCGCUUCCAGCAGGGCUGCUCCAGCACCUGUCCAUCUGAGCGCCAGCGCACCUGUCCAUCUGAGCGCCAGCCGAGGAAAGAAAGUAGACCUGUAAAUUCAGGUUAGUUUCCCUGAACGACUGGUUGUUUCACGUAAUCCCUGAGGGGUUGGGGGAAAAGAGACAAAGGAGAGUGAAAGAAACAGAUCACACUGGGGCUCGCUGAUGCAGUAGGAUGUGUUCUCCUUACUCGUAAUUCUUGGAACAGAAAGCGAGAAAACAUUUCCAUCUCCGUGCCUGGGAGAAGAGCCAGAUGGAAAUGCAAAAAGAAAUUUACUCCAGCAUGCUGAAUUGGUGGGUAAAUGGAAAAAGAACUUUGGAAAAGGGGUGGUUUGCCCUUUAGCCGUGUAAGAAAUUCAUAUGCCACUUGUUCAGCGUUUGUUUAGAUGAAUUCGUAUGGCGUGUGUAAAAUACCAGAAAAAUAAAUAAAGAGGGACUGGAGCUAAAGCCAAAAAGACAGAGCAGGAAAGACCAUCACCUGCUAGUGUGGUAGAGAGGGAGAUAACUUCUCUCGAUGAAUUUGUGUUUGGAAGUUGCCUAAUGAAACGGCAAGAGUAGCGAUUUGAGUUCUGAUAGGAAGCAUCCCUUAUCCCUGACUUCAAGCAGACCUGCCAAGGGGUGACAUCGGCUAUGCCCUGUAGCUUCUAUUCUUUUGUCCCUCAGGGGACAGAGAAUCAUUGUGUCUUCUACUGGAGUGAGUGGUGAUAGACCUAAGUCCAGUCUCCAGAAUCAGUUGUUGGUUGCGAUUGAAAUCUCAACUCCAACUCCACAUACCUAGGCCGUGGGCCAUGUGGCAGGCGAAGUUUACUCUUGGACCAGGUAGUCACGGCAGAGGAACACACAAUAUCUGAGGAUGCACACACCACAUUGUGAUCCACAGAUUUGACCGACGGGUGGUGAGGUCUCCUCAUGACCACACUGUCAUGGAAUUAGCUGAGGGUUUCUUGUGGGUGUGUGAAUAUCCAUUGUGCCUAACCAUCGCUUUGUGUGUGUUUGUGUGUGAUUCAGGUGACCCAACCAUCAACCCCUGAAAAAGGCGGCCAUAAAACGCCCAGGAGACGAAGAAGAUGGCACGUCGUGACCCCAAAAGUGGGACAAACAGACUCGUGAGAGCCCAGACCCUCCAGAAGCAGCAGAGGGCCCCAGCUGGGCCAAGGGCUCCCCCACCCGAUGAAGAGGAUCCCAGGGUCAAGUGCAAAAACUGCGGUGCCUUUGGCCACACGGCCAGAAGUACCAGGUGCCCCAUGAAGUGCUGGAACGGAGCCCUGGUUCCCCAGACCUUUGGGAGAAAGGAAGGGAAGGAAAACCGGAAACCAUGGAAGCCCCAGGUUCGAAGGAACUCUGGACCCUUGAACAAGGAAAAGGGAGAGAAGGAAGAGAGACCAAGGCAACAAGACCUGCAGAGGAAGGCUCUCCUCCAGAUCUUUUCCGGGACACCUCCGGAGAAGCUGCCGCCAAAUCGAAAAGAAUCCAUGGAAUCUUGUGAUUAUCUGAGGGUUGCAAACAGGCCAAUGCCGGUCCAAACAACUAAUAAGAGGCCACGCGUGGACCGUGCCCAAACUGAUGGCUCAGCUACCAAAAUGUCUGACACGGUAUCCAUCUUGGCUUCACUGUCUCCCCUCAGAAAAGCCAGUCUGAGCUCCUCGUCAAGUCUCCGACCAAAGGAACGACAGACAGGGGCUGUGGCCGACAUCCCUCAGCCUGGAGUCAGGCAGCAGGGCCCGGAGCCUCUCGUCGUGAGGAAGCCGACACACAGCAGGCCUCAGGGUGGCCGCCGAGAAGUUCCCCAGGCUGCCUCCAAGCCCCACGGCCUGAUCCGGGUCAUCAGCCCCCAGGCACAAGACAAACGUCCUGCGGUGACCUCACAGCCCUGCCCACCAGCCGACACACACAGCUUGGGCCUCGGCUCCAAUCUCAGUUUCAGGCCAGGAGCCAAGAGACCUGCCCAGGCUCCGACUCAGGCUUGCCUGAACUUCCCCAAGAAACCGAGAAUGAGUCCCUUCCAGAUGCCCGAAAAUGCCAUCCAGGGAGGUGAGCUGGGGGCCCCGGAGCUUCUCCAACCUCCGCCAGCUGCAACCGAACUCAGACCGAGUCCGUCGCCCCAGAUGAGCAGGAGGACAACCGCCCAGGUGCCCAGCAGCGACCGGCAGCCUCCGCACAGCAGACCUUGCCUGCCUACUGCCCAGGCCUGCACCACGUCCCAUCACCCAGCGGCCAGCCACGAUGGGGCCCAGCCUCUCAGAAUGCUCUUCCGGAGACUGGAAAACGGAUGGUGGACCUCCAGCCUCCUGACAGCUCCCUCGGCCUGGAGAGACUCUUGGGAGCAACCUCCCUUUCCACUCAGAAUCCUGUGUAGCCAGGUCAAGUGCAAAACUGCGGGCCUUUGGCCACACGGCCAGAAGUACCAGGUGCCCCAUGAAGUGCUGGAACGGAGCCCUGGUUCCCCAGACCUUUGGGAGAAAGGAAGGGAAGGAAAACUGAAACUAUGGAAGCCCCAGGGAAGGAAUGCUGCAGAGAAACAGACCGGGUUCCCAUCCGGGGAGCUCCUUUGGCUCUGGGAGAUUCAGGAUGGUGGAGAGGCGGGGGCGUCUGUGGCAGGUUCUCCUAUGACAGGGGAAAAGCAACGGAAUGCAAAUGACAGUCCUUACUUGGGAAGCCUAGAGGGCCACCAGCAGGAUGGGAAGGCAACAAGACCCUGUAGAGGAAGGCUCUCCUCCAGAUCUUUUUCCGACACUCCGAGAAGCUGCUGCCAAAUCGAAAAGAAUCCAUGGAAUCUUGUGGAUUAUCUGAGGGUUGCAAGCAGGCCAAUGCCGGUCCACACAAUUAAUAAGAGGCCACGCGUGGACACUGCCCUCACUGAUGGCUCAGCUACCAAAAUGUCUGACACGGUAUCCGUCUUGGCUUCACUGUCUCCCCUCAGAAAAGCCAGUCCGAGCUCCCCUCGCCAAGUCUCCGACCAAGGAACGACAGACAGGGCUGUGGCCGACAUCCCUCAGCUCGAGUCAGGCAGCAGGGCCCGAGCCUCUCGGCCGUGGUGA